UACAAGCAAUGACUGCAUUCGAUUGUUGGGAGAAUUCAGUGAGAUCAUGUAAAUGCAGACACCUGGGCAGGGUCUAGCCCGCAGCAGACCUGACGUACCUGUAUUUUUCCCCAUCCCUCUGUGGGCUUUGGCCUGAGUUCCUUUCACCUGGGCUCUAGCUCCUGGGACAGUGAGGAAUGAGUUCAGGUGAAGGAAAUGCGGCCGGAUGUCUUAAAGCAUGCUUUUGAAAAGGACGGAGGUGCACAAAAUUAUUACAACAGCUGAGAAGCAAGUGGGUUUCGGAGACACCAUACUCUGAAAAUGUUGUUUGCUUUUGGUUAAGAAGAGAAACCACAGCUGUAGAAGAAGCCUUGGUGAAUAACAAUGUCGUUAGACUUACACCCGUCCUCCUCGUGAGACUUGGAGCGUCUCGGCUGGGGAGACAUGAGUGACCCCAGGCAGUCACAAGAAGAGAAGCACAAGCUUGGCAGAGCCUCUUCCAAGUUCAAGGAUCCUCCCAGGAUCAUGCAGUCCGAUGAUUAUUUUGCUCGAAAAUUUAAAGCCCUUAAUGGCAACAUGGGACCUGCCGCCUCUCUGAAUGCCCCGAGUUCCAGCGAGAGCGGCGGUCCGGCUAAUGGUACCCCAGCCGUGCCCAAGAUGGGUGUGAGAGCGAGAGUGUCCGAGUGGCCUCCAAAAAAGGACUGCUCCAAGGAGCUGCCCUGCAAGCCCCUGUGGGAGAGCCGGUCUCAGACCAGCUACGAAAGCGUCACAUCCAUUAUGCACAAUGGGCAGAAUGACCAGAGCGACGGCCAGCCAGAGGCGCAGCUUGACCUAGACUUCGUGGAGGCCAAGUACACAAUGGGAGACAUCUUCGUGCACUCGCCUCAAAGGGGACUUCACCCCAUAAGACAGAGAAGCAAUAGUGACGUCACCAUCAGUGACAUCGACGCCGAAGAUGUCUUAGACCAAAACGCGGUGAACCCCAACACCGGGGCGGCCCUCCACCGGGAGUACGGGAGCACGUCUUCCAUCGACCGGCAGGGCUUGUCCGGGGAAAACUUCUUCGCUAUGCUCAGGGGGUACCGGGUGGAGAACUACGACCACAAGGCGAUGGCCCCUUUCGGGUUCCCCGAGUUCUUCCCCUGCGAUCCUGCGAUCUCUCCCAGCCUCCACGCGGCGGCACAGAUCUCGCGAGGAGAGUUCGUCCGCAUCUCAGGCUUAGACUAUGUGGACAGUGGCCUCCUGAUGGGGAGAGACAGGGACAGGCCGUUCAAACGGAGGUUGAAGUCGGAGUCGGUGGAAACGUCCCUCUUCCGAAAGCUGCGGACCGUUAAAAGCGAACACGAGACCUUCAGGUUCACCUCCGACCCGGAGGACGGCCGCCUGGAGAGGGGCGUCCGCCCUUGGCACUGUCAGCGCUGCUUUGCACAUUACGACGUCCAGAGCAUUUUGUUUAACAUCAACGAAGCCAUGGCGACGCGGGCCAACGUGGGGAAGAGGAAGAACAUCACCACCGGCGCGUCGGCGGCCUCGCAGACCCAGGUGCCGGCGGGCCAGGCGGGCGGCUGCGAGUCCCCGCUGGGGAGCAAGGAGGACCUCAACUGCAAGGAGAACCUGGACGCCGACGAGGGCGACGGCAAGAGCAACGAGCUGGUCCUCAGCUGCCCGUACUUCCGGAACGAGACGGGGGGCGAGGGCGACAGGAGGAUCGCCCUCUGCAGGGCCAGCUCGUCCUCCUUCAGCUCCGGGGAGAGCUGCUCCUUCGAGUCGUCGCUCAGCUCCCACUGCACCAACGCGGGGGUGUCGGUCCUGGAGGUGCCCAGGGAGAACCAGCCCAUCCACCGGGAGAAGGUGAAGCGCUACAUCAUAGAGCACAUCGACCUGGGCGCCUACUACUACCGCAAGUUCUUCUACGGCAAAGAACCGAGGUGUUAUUUCUUGCCCCUGCAGCUAACAACACUGAGAGGAGCAAUUUUAGAAGAUGCCAUCCCUUCUACGGCGAGGCAUGGCACCGCAAGGGGACUGCCCCUCAAAGAGGUUCUGGAAUAUGUCAUUCCUGAGCUGAGCAUCCAGUGCCUGAGACAGGCUUCCAACUCUCCCAAGGUCUCGGAGCAGCUGCUCAAGCUCGAUGAACAAGGACUGAGCUUUCAGCACAAGAUUGGGGUCCUCUAUUGCAAAGCAGGCCAGAGCACAGAGGAGGAGAUGUACAACAACGAGACAGCGGGUCCGGCUUUUGAAGAAUUCCUUGAUCUUCUGGGCCAGAGGGUGCGGCUGAAAGGAUUCAGCAAGUACCGAGCGCAGCUAGACAAUAAAACGGAUUCUACGGGGACGCACUCCCUCUACACCACAUACAAAGAUUAUGAACUCAUGUUCCACGUGUCCACCAUGCUCCCCCACAUGCCCAACAACAGACAGCAGCUCCUGAGGAAGAGGCACAUAGGGAAUGACAUCGUGACCAUCGUCUUCCAGGAGCCCGGAGCACUUCCUUUCACUCCAAAGAGCAUCCGGUCCCACUUUCAGCACGUCUUCGUCAUCGUCAAGGUGCACAAUCCGUGCACCGACAAUGUGUGUUACAGUGUUGGCGUUUCCAGAUCAAAAGAUGUGCCCCCGUUUGGUCCACCAAUUCCCAAAGGCGUUACUUUUCCGAAGUCAGCGGUAUUUCGGGACUUCCUCUUAGCCAAAGUCAUCAAUGCAGAGAACGCAGCCCACAAAUCUGAAAAGUUUCGAGCCAUGGCCACGCGAACGAGGCAGGAGUACUUGAAAGAUCUGGCGGAGAACUUUGUCACCACCGCGACCGUCGAUACCUCUGUGAAGUUCAGCUUCAUCACCCUGGGGGCCAAGAAAAAGGAGAAGGUCAAGCCCAGGAAGGAUGCCCACCUGUUCAGCGUUGGAGCGAUCAUGUGGCACGUCAUAGCGCGGGACUUCGGCCAGUCCGCCGACAUCGAAUGUCUCCUUGGGAUUUCCAAUGAGUUCAUAAUGUUGAUCGAGAAGGAUUCCAAGAAUGUGGUCUUUAACUGCUCCUGCAGGGAUGUCAUCGGAUGGACAUCUGGAUUAAUGAGUAUCAAAGUGUUUUACGAACGAGGAGAAUGCAUCCUCCUGUCCUCGGUGGAUAACUGUGCGGAAGACAUACGGGAGGUUGUUCAGCGGUUGGGAAUCGUGACCCGAGGCUGCGAGACCGUGGAAAUGACCCUGAGGAGGAAUGGGCUGGGCCAGCUUGGCUUCCACGUGAACUUCGAAGGAAUUGUUGCAGAUGUGGAACCUUUUGGUUUUGCAUGGAAGGCCGGCCUUCGCCAGGGGAGCCGCCUUGUGGAGAUCUGCAAAGUGGCUGUGGCCACGCUGACCCACGAGCAGAUGAUCGACCUUCUCCGGACGUCCGUGACCGUAAAGGUGGUCAUCAUCCAGCCCCAUGACGACGGCUCACCCCGGAGAGGGUGUUCGGAGCUCUGCCGGAUCCCCAUGGUGGAGUACAAACUCGACAGUGAGGGCGCUCCCUGCGAGUACAAGACCCCCUUCCGGAGGAACACCACGUGGCACCGGGUGCCCACGCGCCUGCAGCCGCUGCCCAGGGCCUCCCCGGUCCCCGGCACGCCCGACCGGCUGCAGUGCCAGCCGCUGCUCCCGCAGAACCAGGCCGCCAUCCCCCGCAGCACCUCCUUCGACCGGAAGCUGCCUGAUGGCACGAGAAGUUCGCCCAGCAACCAGUCCUCCUCCAGCGACCCGGGACCCGGCGGGAGCGGACCCUGGAGACCGCAAGUUGGCUAUGACGGGUGCCAGUCUCCCCUGCUGCUCGAGCACCAGGGCUCCGGGCCUCUGGAAUGUGAAGGGGCCAGGGAGCGGGAAGACACCCUGGAAGGAAGCAGACACCUGGAAACCAAGUGGCAUGGCCCAUCCUCCAAAGUCCUGAGUUCCUAUAAAGAAAGAGCCCUGCAGAAAGACGGAGGCUGCAAAGACUCCCCCAAUAAGCUUUCUCAUAUUGGAGAUAAGAGCUGCUCCAGCCACUCCAGCAGCAACACGCUCUCCAGUAACACCUCCAGCAACAGCGAUGACAAGCACUUUGGGUCUGGGGACCUGAUGGACCCCGAGUUGCUGGGGCUGACCUACAUCAAGGGGGCCUCCACGGACAGCGGCAUUGACACGGCCCCGUGCGUGCCCGCCGCCGUCCUCGGCCCCCUGCACCUGGCGGGCGGCAGGGCCCUGGUCCACGGCCGGGCAGAGCAGUGGGCUGACGCCACCGGCAUCCCGGGGCCCGAGGACGAGCAGGCCAAGAUGUACGCGGUCCACGGCUACGCGCCUGUCUCUACCGGCGGUGCUGCCGACGGCAGCAUGGGGGACCUCAGCGAGAUCUCCUCCCAUUCCAGUGGUUCCCACCACUCAGGAAGCCCUUCUGCUCACUGUUCUAAAACUAGCGGCUCUCUGGAUACGUCCAAAGUCUACAUCGUGUCGCACAGCAGCGGUCAGCAAAUCCCUGGGUCCAAGCCCUACCACAGGCAAGGGGCGCUGAACAAGUAUGUCAUCGGCUGGAAGAAGUCGGAAGGCAGCCCUCCGCCCGACGAGCCGGGAGUGGCCGAGUGUCCCGGGCUGUUCGGGGAGCUGGGGCUCCUGUCCCCCGCGGUGCAGCCGCAGGCGGUGGUGGGAGACGCCGUCCCGGAAACCCAGCACGUUCUGUCGAAGGAGGACUUCCUGAAAUUGAUGCUCCCGGACAGCCCCUUAGCGGAGGAGGGGAGAAGAAAGUUUUCGUUCUACGGGAACCUGUCGCCCCGGCGCUCGCUGUACCGCACCCUCUCUGACGAAAGCGUCUGCAGCAAUCGGAGGGGGUCCUCCUUCGGCAGCUCGCGGAGCUCCAUCCUGGACCAGGCCCUGCCCAACGACAUCCUGUUCAGCACCACCCCGCCCUACCACAGCACGCUGCCCCCCCGGACCCACCCGGCGCCCAGCAUGGGGAGCCUGCGGAAUGAGUUCUGGUUCUCCGAUGGGUCCAUAUCGGAUAAGUCCAAGUGCGCAGAUCCUGGCCUGAUGCCCCUUCCGGACACGGCCACGGGGUUAGAUUGGUCCCACCUCGUGGACGCUGCCCGGGCGUUUGAAGGUCUUGACUCAGAUGAAGAGUUCGGGCUGCCCUGUCACCACCCGUCCUAUCUAGACCAGAGAGUGGCAUCCUUCUGUACCCUGACAGACAUGCGACAGGGACAGGACCUGGAAGGGGCCCCAGAGCUGCCUUUAUGUGUCGAUCCAGGCAGUGGCAAAGACUUCAUGGACACAACUGGGGAGCAGUCUCCAUCCACACUGACGGGUAAAGUCAACCAGCUGGAGCUGAUUCUUCGGCAGCUGCAGACCGACCUUCGCAAGGAGAAGCAGGACAAGGCGGUGCUGCAGGCAGAGGUGCAGCACCUGCGACAGGACAACCUGCGGCUGCAGGAGGAGUCGCAGACGGCCACGGCCCAGCUACGCAAGUUCACCGACUGGUUCUUCAACACCAUCGACAAGAAGCCCUAGCCGGGCCACCGCCCCGCCAGGGAGCCCCCCCGGGGGGGGGGGCCCUGGUGUCCCCUCGCAGUCGCCAACAUGCGGUUUCCAGCUGUGCUUCCAGCCAAUCGUAGCUCUUUGUGCUGUUCCCCUCUGUCUCGCAGCAUCACCCAGCCGGGUCGGGAGCGCGGAGAGCGGCGCCCUGCGGAGAUGAAUGUAAGGCCGAUGUCAAGGUGAAUGUCAUCGCCGGGGCCGGUGUGGACCUUGCCCUUUGAGACGCUGCUGAACGGAGGUCUGGCGUGGGCUUACCUCACGAAGGAAGACAAUUGGGUUCUAUUUCCUGUGUAUCAGGUGACCCGGGAGAGAUGUUAACCAACUGACCACAGUCUGGGCUUUAGAAUUGUAAAAUAAACGUGAGAACAAAUAAUCAGACAUAUACUUUAAUGUUAAAGGUGCUCUAUUUUUUUGGAUGUACAGUAGUUUUAUUUCCACAGCCACAUUAUCAUAGCAAUAAGAAAGGGGCAGAAUGAAUAGUCAGAAAAGCUGUGUCGGGUUGGGGUGGGGGGGUGCAGAGAAGCAGCACUGAUGUGUUUAACACGAGUUCGAAUGCAGUUACUUUAGAGAAUUAUUUAUUUGCAGGAGCAAACGGUGCCUGAAAAUUAAUAACAGUGUUCUGAUUCAAAAAAAAAAGUACAUAUGCCUUGUAAAUGGCUCACUGGGUAGUCACUUCAACCUUUAGUUCACUUUUGUAUAGUUAACGCUCUGCUGAGAAAGAGUCAGUCUGCCUGCAGGCUAGAGCUCCCCCGUCAUGCCGUGACCCAGCGGAACCACCUGUACGAUGCCAAGUUUGUUUAUCUUUGUACAGAAGCUUUGAUGAAGCAUCUUGUAUUUGACACCCUUAUUUAAGCUUAUUUAACCUUAAAUUGUUAAUUUUAUAAACUUGGGUUUCACCUGCACUACGAUGGAGGGCAGUGUGGGUGGCAGCGAGCUCAGGGAAGACCGAGCUCGCCGGAGGGAAGAGAGGAGCGGGGCGGGACCGUCUGACAACUGGAUGCUGCUAGUAACAAGUUGUUUGUAUUGCUUUAUCAUUUUUAUCUGUUCGAUCUGAGAUGAACAGACAUUCUGCUUUUUUAAAUAAAUGUCUAAAAGAGUCCACAUAAGUAA